ACCUUUUACGACAGAACUUAACCGAGUAAGAAAAACAGCUCCUCCCCGUUCUCCUCACCGCUCUCACUUUCAUCAGUCCUCCAAAACCUAAUCUCUCUUUCUCUCACAUCACUUCUUGGAUUAACUAUUGACUGAAUUACAUCUCAAAUCCAAGAUCAGAGCUGAGGAAAUCGAUUUCGAGCUUCAGAUACUGUUUGUUUCGCUGAAUUUUUUGAGCCUAGAUCGUAAUUCGCCUGGGAAAGAGAGGUUAUAGAAAUGGAUGCUGAUUCGUGGAGUGCUCGUCUCUCUUCCGCUUCAAGGAGAUAUCAGUCGGCUCUUCAAUCGCGAUCUGAUAUGUUUAUGGGAUUUGAAGAAAUAGAGGGAGAUGAUGAUAUGAGGGAAGAAUUUCCUUGCCCAUUCUGUUUGCAGCACUUCGAUAUUGUUGGCUUGUGUUGCCACAUUGAUGACAAGCAUCCAGUGGAGGCAAAGAAUGGGAUUUGUCCAGUUUGUGCAUUGAGGGUGGGAGUUGACAUGGUUGCGCAUAUAACCAUGCAACAUGGAAAUUUAUUCAAGAUAUCCUAUUCCAUAAUUAUAAUUCUUUGUUUAUUAUAACUUGUCUUCUCAAUUUCUCUUUGAACU